ACAAUGUGCACUUUAACGUCACAGUCUAGACCCUGUAUAUGACGUGGAGUAUCUGGCGUGCGAUGUAAAAUUUCAAUCCUGCAUACCCUAAUAUUCUAACAAAGAUGAAUCGUUGGAUUUAAAAAGCCUACACAGCAAAUACAGCAGAUAAAGUAAUGGCGUUGAGCUUAGAUGAUCGCAUCCUUGGUGAGAAGGUGGACAAUUAUUGCAGUAGUGAUGAAGGUGAACAGGAGGAGGAAGAACAGGGGAAUAAUCAUAGAGCUGAACCAUCCACCAUACCAGAACCCCGCCUGAAUGAUUACAAUGGUUUCUCCACAAAUACAGGACCAAAGGGUGUCAUUAAUGACUGGCGGGAGUUUAAAAGGCUGGAGAAUGAGAGACGUGAAGAACAGGAAAAGGAAAAACAGGCCAUCGCCAAAAAACUUCAGUUGACAUGUAGAUCUCAUUUAGAUGAUGAAAGAGAGAAAGAAAAGGAUAGGGAAAUCAUGGAAGAGUUAGAAAAUUUUGAGGAUGAAUUUUUGAAAGAAUAUCGACAGAAAAGGAUAGAGGAGAUGAGAUUAGCACUACAAAAUGUGCCAAAGUUUGGCAGAUUGAUAGAAUUAACAUCUUCUAAUUUUGUGGAUGAAAUCGAUAAGGAGCAAUCCCAAGUCACAGUUAUAAUUCAUCUGUAUGAGGAUGAUGUUGAAGCAUGUGACUCAAUGAAUGGCUGCCUAAAUUGUCUAGCUCAGGAAUAUCCCACAGUUAAAUUCUGUAAAAUCAGAGCUUCAAAUGCUACCCUUAGCCUUAAAUUCUCUAAGAAUGGGGUUCCUGCCUUGUUAAUCUACAAAGGAGGAGAGCUAAUCGGAAAUUUCGUUAGACUGUCUGAUGAACUGGGCGAGGACUUUUAUGUUACGGAUCUCGAAAGUUUUUUACACGAACACAGCUUGCUACCUCAACCUGAUAUAAACAGCAAAAUAAUUUACGAUCGCAUAACGGGUGAGAAAAGGGCACCUACAGCAGACGAUGAGGACAGUGGCAGUGAUUUCGAUGUGGAUUAAGUGCGCUUAUAUAAUGUGGAUUAAGUGCAUGCACUCAUUUAAUGUGGAUUAAGUGCACUCAUUUAACGUGGAUUAAGUGCUCUCAUUUGAUGUGGAUUAAGUGCUCUCAUUGUUACAUAUUACAUCAGGAGUUUUAUUGAUGUUGUUCUGUGUGUAAAUCUUAUAAUUGAUAUUGACCUACACAAUUCAAAUUACGUCAUAUUAAACCAAAGUCAAUAAUUCUAUGUGUUUACAUGUAAUUUGUGUUUCGAGAAAUAAACAUUUAAAAUGUCAGAACUCUGUAUAAGUGUCAGAACUGCUUAAUUUCCUAUUUUGUUGCGGUGAAAUUAAUUUACAUACAUUAUAUCACACUAUUCGAGGAACAAAAGGCUAUCUGUUUAUAGAAUCUCCCUCAAUGUCAUGGCUCAUUGAAAACUAGUUGUGAAGUUAUUUUAUGUCUGCAUAUCUUGUACACAAAACACUUAUGUAGUUACUGUACAAAAUUCAUUUAUGUUACAUACACAUAUAAAGAGAAUACAUGGUUAAGAAAAAGAAAAGAAAAUUUUGUGCAAUAAUUCUUGAUAUUUAUGUGAAAUAAAAUUAUGAAAAAUGCAAA